GUCUUUCCUCAGCUGCUGCCAUCCCGCCGUUCCGCUGUCGUCGCAAAUGUCUCUCAUCGUCCACCAUCCCUGGUUUCCCUCCUCCCUUCGUACCACUCUUGGACUAGGAGACUACGACCCAACUUAUGGCCGCGCAGCCCUCCCUCUUAACGGACAUGAGGACUUGUUUCAUUCCGCCCCGUAUAGAACGACCGAGACCACCACACCGUUCGGCUCGCACAGUAUAUUUAGCACAACAUGGGAACUCGAGUCAUCCACUCCUGUAGCAGAUUUAAUUCAUAUCCAUGGUUUGCAUGAUUAUGCCACACGUUGGGCGGAUACAGACUGGCCAAAGGCGUUCGUUGAGGCAAAGUUCCGUGUGACGUCGCCGGAUUUGAUUGGGCACGGCCGGUCGAGCGGUAAACAUGGUGCAUUCACAUCUAUAGACGAGCAAGUAGAUGCCGUAAGGGAGGUGAUUAUUAAAGUUGUUCGAGAGAGGGCCCCUUCAGAGUCUGGCAAGAUUUUUAUUUUGGCUGGUAGCCUUGGAGGAUUGGUUGCCUUAUCGUAUGCACGCAAAUACGGUCAGGAUUCCCAGGCCGCCCCGUCUGGAAUGGUUAUUCUCUGCCCGCUCGUCAAUGCUGCGGCCGAUUCCAGACCAUCAUGGACAGUAGAACUGAUAGCAAAAGUCCUAUCACGCGUCGCACCCUCCCUCCCACUCGCUGAAGCCAAUCGAGGCAAAAAUGGGGGAAACGAGGAGGCUUUCUUCUCGGAUCCGCUCACAUAUCAUGGCCUACUGCGUAUAGGAACUGGGUUGGCCAUGCUCUAUGGUUUUGAGAAUUUGCAGGCACACCUGGAAGAGAUUAAGACGCCUUUUGUCGUCAUUCAUGGAGACUCUGACCGUGUUACGAGUCCACAAGGCUCUCAAGUUCUCUACGAGCGAGCUUCAUCUAGCGAUAAGACCAUUCAUAUUAUUGAAGGUCAAGAACACGAUCUGAUUCGUGAACCAAAGGCCGCUGAGAUUUUAGCAAUUUGUCUAGAAUGGCUCAACAAACGGGUCUAACGUACGUUUUAUUUAUAGUGACGUUGCUUUUGUGUUUAAUUGAACGUUUUGUAUUCUGUAAAAUUGUGUCAUUUAUAAAGACAUGUUCGUAGAAAAACCACAGCA